AUGUCCUACCAAACUGGUAGCGUCAACCCCGUUUCCACCCGAAACCGGGCAGUCGUCUUCAUCCUCGACAGCGAGUGCGGGUUAAGGGCCCGCCCCAUGGAGGACGCACGCAGGGCGGUGGCAGCGGCACUGAGGCGCUUAAAGCCCCAUGACUCGUUCGCGGUGGUGGCGUUUGACUUUGAGCUGCUGCUGCUGGUCGUUUUCAUACUCGACAGCGAAUGCGAGUUAAGAGCCCGCCCCAUGGAGGACGCGCGCAGGGCGGUGGCAGCGGCGCUGAGGCGCUUAAAGCCGCACGACUCGUUCGCGGUGGUGGCGUUUGACUUUGAGCUGCUGCUGCUGGGUGAUCUGAGCUUGAGGCUGCCUCGCCUCUUUCCACUGCAACCCUCCCUUCCUCGGUCGCCCCUCCCACCCCCACCAACCACUCCACCCCCCUCCACCCCUCGGCAGGUCUUCAGCCGGGCAGUGGUGUUCAUUCUCGACAGCGAGUGCGGCCUGAGGGGUCGCCCAAUGGAAGACGCGCGCAGGGCAGUAGCCGGAGCACUAAAACGCUUAAAGCCGCACGACUCGUUCGCAGUGGUGGCGUUUGACUUUGAGCUGCUGCUGCUGGACGACGAGCUCGAGGCCGCCUCGCCUGAGGCGGUGCGGCGGGCGUGCAAGUUCGUGCUGCAGGCGCAUGACUGGGCGCAGCCCACCAACGUACUCACACCGCUGCAGCUGGUGGGUGGAAAGGGCCAACUAAUGUGCUCACGCCGCAGCAGCUGGUGGGUGGAGAGCGGUGGGAGUGGGUGGAGGAUGGCGUUCAGGAUGCUGAGGGGCCACACGGCAGCGCUGCAGCAGGUGGUGCUCAUCACGGACGGCCCGGUGCGGGCGGAGCGCCGCGUGUGCCACUGGGUGCAGCGCGCCCUGGCUGACUGGGGGGGCACCGCCCCUCGCAUCUCCACCUUGGGCAUCGGCCCAUCGGUGAAUCCUUUCUUCCUCAAGUGGCUUGCUGCUGCAACCCGCGGUUCCUCACAGGUCACCCGCAAUCCAGCGGAGGUGCGGCGGCGGCUGGAUGGAAUGCUGCAGACCAUGGCCCGCCCGCUCGUCACCAACAUUGCCAUCCGCGACCUGCCGCCCGCCUGUGAGCUCUACCCCUACCCCAUCCCGGACCUCUACGCAUCGGGGCCGGUCGUGGUGAGCGGCCGAAUGGGCGACGAGGGGCCAGCAGCAGGCGGAGCGGAGGGCGGAGGGGGUCUGCCACUGCACGUGGAGCUGAGGGGCGUGCUGGCCAGUGGGGCUCCGUGGAAGUUCAGAUCUGCCCUCUCCGAUGCCGGCAACCUGCCGCUCACAUCGGUACGCCCCCGCCCUCUCUGCCCCUCUCCUCCGUAUGCCUGCCCAUGCCCUCUCUGCCCCUCUCCUCCGUAUGCCCAUGCGCUCUCUGCCCCUCUCCUCCUUAAGAACCUUCGCUCACUCAUCUAUCUCCCUCCCACUGCCAACUUCUCCGCCUCCGCACCAUUCUCACUUCCGCUCGCCCUUCUGCACCCCCCUGCACCCUCCUGCACCGCUGUCACCGCGGGCACAUGGCAUCAGGCGGGGGCGGGCGAGCGGGUGGCCAUCCUCACUGCUGAUGCAUGGCUGCACGGCGACCCACAGCUGCAGCAGGCGGUGCGUGACUGCGCAUUGUCCUUGUGCAAAGCAGAGAAGGCGAUGUACGGGGACGUGGGGAAUGUCCCUUUUUGCCACCAUUUCGCUGCUUCAAUGCAGCAGGCAUUGCGACUCUCUCAUUCCUGCAUGUGCGAUGAGUGUGGGAGCGUCAGUGGUAUCAGAGCACACACGCAUGCUGCUGCUCGACACCACCCGGCCUCUGCUGGACCAGCUGCACACCGAUCAGCUGCAGGUGCGGUGAUGAUGGGUGCUGAGGGGUGGGUGACUGCUCCAAGGGGUUCAUGGUUGCUGAAUGGUGGGUGCUGCUGGGUACUGGUGGGUAUUGGUGGUUGGAGGCUGACUGGUAUGGGAGGGGGAGGGUGUGUUGGAUGA